CGGUGAUUGAUUUCGUUCAGGACGGCUUCGGCAAUUUCAUGAGGGACGAGCUUGCGCUUUCGGAGAUAAAACCAGAAAGAGACGAUGACAGGAAGACGAGUGUCGGGAGCCACCUUCCUUGGCACAAUGCAGUGACGUUUCUAAUGACCUCCAGGCCAGGACUAUCCAAGUGAGAAAGGAAUCGUAGAGGAGAAGAGAGGGCCAGACACGGUGGGCGAGGUAAGAGUUCUCCACGGAACAUGGCCUCGGCCAACCAGGAGGAGAUGGAAGAAAGACUGGAACGCGUUAAACAAGAGGACUGUGAGGGGGGUGCCCCAGGGGAUUUGUGGGUGAAGUCAGAGUAUCGUGAGGGAGACGUUUCGGUUUUCAAAGAGGAGGAGCCCAAGAAGGAGAUUGUUGAGGUUAAAGUUGAGGAAUCAGAAGAUUUCUCCGUUAGCUUUGGACUGAAAAACCAUGAAACGGGGAAACUUUUCAAGGAGGAUGUUUGUGAAGAGUCUCACUCCGGUGUACAGCCGUGGUUCACCAGCACUGGACAACUGGCUACUCGGCAGACUUUGAUGAGACUGAAAUCUGAGUUGUCUGAGUUUGAAGAGAAAAUCGGUGAAAGAAACAGGAGGAAAGCAGACGAGCAGGAGGCGUGUGGGAGUUUGGGAAUGAAUUUCCAAGAGAAUGGCAGCAUCUUCCUGCCUUCAUUUGCUCAGACUUCUCUUCAGUGCAGACUUCAACACGAGCAGGACAAUGAGAAGAUGAAGAAAUCAACAAGUGGAUCUGAGAAUAUGUCAUCUGCCACUGUCCAGCGCAAUUCUCCUAGUACUGUCAAGCCAAUCCAGACAGAAGCAGUCAGUGCUGGCCAACAUCAAGUGGACAGUACAGAUCAGGAGGAUCUCUGUGCCAGCCAAGACCGCAGAAAAGCUUUCAAAAGCAAAACUGAGUGUAAAGAUAAGUUGAUUCAUAUGAGGCAAAAGACUUAUGCCUGUUCUGAAUGCGUCAGAGUGUUUUUGUGCAGCAGCCAUCUUCAGGCACACAAAACAAUUCACUCUGGAGAAAAACCCCAUUGCUGUCCAGAAUGUGGCAAACGAUUCUCACAAGUAAGCAACCUCAAGAGUCAUGUGAGAGUCCACACUGGGGAAAAACCUUACCACUGUUCUGAGUGUGGCAGGCGUUUCUCCCAUAGGUCUACGCUUCAAACACAUGUAAAGACUCACACUGGAGAAAGACCUCAUUGCUGUGCAGAAUGUGGGAAAAGAUUCUUACAAAUCAGCCAGCUUCAAAGCCAUAUCAGGCUUCACACUGGAGAGAUACCUUAUUGCUGUUCCGAGUGUGGGAAGAGAUUCUUGCAGGCAAGCCAUCUUAAGUGCCACAUGAGAACACACACCGGGGAGAAACGUUAUACUUGUCUUGAGUGUGGUAAGCGAUUUUCAGACAGUGGCACCCUUCGCAGCCAUGAAAGAAUUCAUACUGGCGAGAAACCUUAUUGCUGUUCAGAAUGUGGCAAGCAAUUCUCUUACAGUAGCAGUCUUAAGAAGCACACAAGAAUCCACACUGGAGAAAAACCAUAUGGUUGUUCAGAAUGCGGCAAGCAAUUUUCCCAUCGCGCCAACCUUCAAAGACACGUGCGACUUCAUACUGGAGAAAAGCCGUAUAGCUGUGCUGAAUGUGGGAAACGAUUCUCUGACUGUAGUGGUCUUCACAGUCACAGAAGAAUCCACACCGGAGAAAAGCCAUAUUGCUGUUCCGAUUGUGGCAAACAAUUCUCGUUCAAUAGUAAUCUACGGCUGCAUGUACAAAUUCAUUCUGAGGUGAAGCUGUAUGUCUGUUCGGAAUGCAGUAAAAGGUUUUCCCACAAAGGAAGUCUUCAGAAACAUGCAAAAAUUCACACCAGCGGCUAUGCAGUGGGGGGGCCUAAUGGACCCCAGGCCAGGAAACUGUCUGCUGGAUGUGAGAAGGGAAUCUUAGGAGAGAACAGACAUUUGGGAGCAGAGAAGCGUUUUACAUGGACUAUGGCCUCGGCCAAAGAGGACAACGUGGAGGAAAGGCUUGCACACCUUAAACAAGAGGACUGUGAGUGGGGUGCACCCUGGGAUUUCUGUGUGAAGCUGGAGGACAGCGAGGGGAGAAUUUCAGAUGUUAAAGAGGAGGAGUGUGCGGGGGAGAUUGUUGAGAUUAAAGUCGAGGACUCUGAAGAUUUCUCUGUCAGUCUUGCACUGCAUAAGCAUGAAACUCGGAAUAUUGUCAAGCUGGGUGUUUGUGAGGAAUCUCAUUCCCAUUUACAGCCCUGGUUCAUCAAUCCGGGGCAACUGCCCACCCAGCCGAAGACUGGGGAAGUGAAAUCUGAGACGUCUGAUUUUGAUGGGGGAAUCGCUGAGGGAAACAGGAGAGAAGGAGAAGAAGAACAGACUUCAUCUGGGAGCACAGAAAUAAAUUUAAAAGAGAAUAGCAGCAUCAUGGCAUCCUCAUUGGCUCAGACCUCUCUUCAGGAUGAUGAGAAGAUGAAGAAAUCAACAAGAGGAUCAGAAAAUCCGACCCCAGCCUCUUUCCAGUGCCACGCUUUUCCUGGUGCCAGACACACACAGGUAGGAACCAUCGACACUGAGGAAGUGCAGACCAAAGAUCAAGAGGCUCUGUAUGCCUGCCAAGAGUGUGGAAACACUUUCCAAACUAAAUCUGACUGUGACGACCAUAAGGCGAUUCAUAUGAGACAGAAGCCGUAUGCUUGUUCUGAAUGUGGCAGACUGUUUUCGCACAAAAACAGUCUUCACAGACAUAAAAGAACUCACACGGGAGAGAAGCCCCAUUGCUGUCCAGACUGUGGCAAGCGAUUCUCCAGUAGCAGUGCCCUUCAGCGGCACACACACAUUCAUACUGGAGAGAAGCCAUACAGCUGUGCCGAAUGCGACAAAAGAUUUUCCAUUAAAAGCAGUCUCCAGAAUCAUGCAAAAAUUCACACUGGAGACAAACCUCAUGGCUGCCCUAAUUGUGGAAAAGGAUUCUCCGUAUUAAGCAGGCUUCAUAACCACUUAAGAAUUCACAGCGGAGAGAAGCCUUAUUGUUGUAGUGAGUGUGGAAAACGAUUCUUGCAAGUUGGCCACCUUCAGAGACACAUCCGAAUUCACACUGGAGAGAAACCUCACUGUUGCUCAGAAUGUGGGAAAAGGUUCUUACAAAUAUGCAAUCUGCAAAGGCAUAUCAGCAUCCAUAGAGGAGAAAAACCUUAUUGCUGUACAGAGUGUGGCAAACAAUUCUUACAAGUGAGCAACCUACGGAGCCACAUCAGAAUUCACACUGGAGAGAAACCUCAUUGCUGUUCAGAAUGUGGCAAACGAUUCUCCAAAGUAAGUGCUCUUCAGAACCACACAAGAAUCCACACUGGGGAAAAACCAUAUAGCUGUUCUGAAUGUGGCAAACAGUUCUCACAAAUAAGCACCCUUCAGAGGCACUCUCGUAUUCAUACUGGAGAGAAGCCAUUUUGCUGCUCAGAAUGUGGCAAACGAUUCUCUGAUAGUAGCAGCCUUCAGAAGCACACAAGAUUCCACACUGGUGAAAAACCCUAUUGCUGUUCUGAAUGUGGUAAGCGAUUCUCUAAGAGUUGCAGCCUGCGAAGACACAUGAGAAUCCAUACUGGAGAAAGGCCAUAUUGCUGUUCUGAAUGUGGCAAAAGAUUUUCAAACCAUAGCACUCUUCAGAACCACUCCCGGAUCCAUACUGGAGAGAAACCAUAUGGUUGUUCUGAGUGUGGUAGACGAUUCUCUGACCGUAGCGCUCUUCAGAAGCACACCCGGAUUCACACUGGAGAGAAGCCGUACCGCUGUUCCGAAUGUGGGAAGCGAUUUUCACAAACAAACACCCUUCAUAGACACUUGGAAAUUCACACUGCACAGAAAUUAGUCCGAGAGGAGCCAUUUGUGGAACAAAACAUCUGAAAUGUUUGUCAGUGGUGCUUGGAUCAACAGGUCUCAUCAAGGGCAAACACCAAGGCCCAUCUGGACGUCCACCUGAUUACCAUGACUUUAUGUGAUUUACUAAAGGAAGCAUUAUUGGGAACAAUGCAGGUGCGAUGACGAGAUCUCAGUGCAAAUUUAUGGGGUUAACAAUGGGGGAGGCGCAACAUCAUGUCAUGAGUGAGAUAGCUAGCACCCAAAACCAGUUUGUAGAAAUUAACCCUUGAAAGAAACCUUGCUGUUGUGAAGUCAUACCAGAGAGAACUGUCAUGACUAAAGAGUGAAGUUCACCCCAUCUGAUAGUAAAUACACCAAGACAGUUUGAAGAAAUUAGCCCCCAAGUGAAGUCUUAUUGCUGGUCGAAACGUGCCAGAUAAAUUGCUGACAUUAGCAGCAACAUAGAAGAAAUCAGAGUGCAGGGAAGCUGUAAUGCUGCCCUGAAUGUGGCAAAGAGAUUCUCACAAAUAAGCCAUCUCCACUCAAGAUGAAUGGUCAGCUGUUCUCUGAUAGUAAUAAGUUCAGUUUAACCAGCUGACACCCCAGACCCCCAUAUAUUCUUAUUAAAAGACUUACGGGUAGGCGCUCACCCCAAGUUUGGAUGAUGUUCAGAAGUUUCUGGAAAAAGACACCAUAGGCCGAGGAGGCCAACAUAAAGUCACUUCAGAAAGUAUUGAGACUCUUGCGCACUUUAUCGUGCUGAAGAUUUCUUUUUAAACAGAUACACUUGCAAUUUCUGCCCAUCAGUAUACACUCAAUAACCCACAGAGAGAAAAGGAACAUAUGUUUUCAGUAAGGUUUCCAAAUUGGUUAAAAAUCAAAAGCUGAAACCUCUACUUGAUAGAAUUACUCAGACCCUUAAUUCAUUCCUUUGUAGAGGUCCCCUCUGUCAGUCCUUUUGGUUAAUCUGUACAAGCUUGUCCCACUCGGAUUUGUGCAGUUGAUCUCCAUUACCCUUGGCCGAUCCUCUCAAACUCAGUUAAAACUGCCAUCUUCAGGUCUCCCCCAUACAUGUUCCAUAGGGUUUAAGUCAAAGCCACUCAAGGACACGUGGAGGCCUGGCCCAAAGCCCCUCUAGUGUUGCCUUGGUGGUAUACGUCAACCCCAUUCUGAGCUGGUUUGCUCUCUGGAGUAGGUUUAUCUUGAAGGACCUUCCCCGUAUUGAGCCCAUUCAUCCUUCCCUCAAUUCUGACCAGCUCCCUGUCCCGUUUACUGACAAGCACCUCUAUGCUUCACCCCAGAGGUGGUCUCAGGCAGUUAAGUGAGCAGUGCCAGGUCUUCACCAGACAUGCUGUAGUUUUUGGAGGUCUGUCCAAACAGUUUGGUUUGUGUCUCAUCAGACGUCUUGCUCUCGGUAUCCUUGAAAUGCCUUUUACUCGAGAGUGUCUUCUGUUUGGCCACACCACCAUAAACCCCUGCCUGAUGGAGUGGUCCUAACGUGUUCUUUAUUUCUGAUGCUCUCCACGUCCUACCGAUGCCAUCUGGCAAACUCCAAGUGUGCUGUCAUAAGCCGUUAAUUCAAGGGCAGCCUCUGUCUGACUCAUGGAGUGCUGCCGAGGUGGGGUGGCGAGGCGGGUCGGCUCCUUGCUCUCACUUCUGCUUUGGGAGCCCCUUGAACCCGACACCGUACAUAGUCAUGACUGAAAUGAGGUUGGAAGAUGAGGACAAAUGCACAAAAAGCAAGGGGAAUGUGACAAAGUGCUCACAGCAGUCCAGAGAAAUGAGUGUUUUAAAAGUGCAGUGCCCCUUCCAUAAUAAAUAAAUAAUCUGUAUGAGCAGUGCCAGUCCACGGAUUUAAAGCCCAGAUCAAACAGGUCCUAAGUCUUGCCCGACGAGCCUGGCACCUCUCGGUUUUUUUAUCCCCAGCUGACCCAUUGCUCGUUCGGCGGGCGGGCGGGUACACCAGCAG